AUGGCGGGAGUUGUUAUGAGAGCCGUCGCGGCCGGCAAGGGUGGCGGUGUUGGAGAUAUUGGAGGGACUGUCGUGGGCUUGGCCGAGGCCGGAAAGCACCUGUCAGACAUCGCCCGCCAGAUGGCCGAGGAUUUGAAGGAACAGGCGCGCAACAACGACAAUGAGUUCAACAUCCGCAAGCAAUUCCUAGACAACUCCGUCAAUGCCAUCAAGGAGGCCACCUAUGGCCAGUACAACAUCCUCAUCUGCACCGACCAGGCACACGACGACUUCCAGAAUCUGGAGGGCCAGAUUCUGCCCAUGGACCUCAUCGACGUGGAGGUCCGCAAGGACACUUUUGUCAACUUUCAGGUCUACGUAUUUGAGACAGGCAAGUAUCUCCGGCGCGGGAAGUGGGAGAGAGACUACAUCUGGUAUUUUGGAAACAACAAGAAGUGGACCGACAUCUUUAUGCACAUCCACUUCGAAGUUGCCCAGCAAAAGAAAGAUCCCAACGAGAUCAAGGCUCUAGAGGAUAAGCAGGCAGCCGAUCAAAAGGCGGCUGAGGAGGCAGCUGCAGCCACUAAGAAGGCCGAGGAGGAUGCAGCCGCCGCCAACAAGGCACAGCUUGAGGCUGAUGCCAAAAAGAAGGCAGAGGAGGAAGCAAAGAAGGCGGCAGAGAAGAAUAAGGAAGUUGCCAAUGAUGAAGAAGAGGGCGAUCAGAAAGAGGUUGAGGGCGAGGAUGUAGAGGAUGAUGAGGACCAGGAGCAUACCGAAGGAGAAGAUGAGGAAGAGGAAGAAGACGAUAAUGAAGAACAGGAAGAAGACGAUGAAGAAGAGGAGGAAGAUGAAGAUGAAGAAGAGGAGGAAGAUGAAGAUGAAGAAGAGGAGGAAGAUGAAGAUGAAGAAGAGGAGGAAGAUGAAGAUGAAGAAGAGGAGGAGGAUGAAGAUGGGGAUGAAGAGCAAGAAGAAGAUGAAGAAGAUGAAGAUGAAGAGGAGGAGGAGGAGGAGGUCAAGCCUCGAAAGAGGAAGUAG